GUUGCAGCUGCUGCAAAUGCACACACUCUGGCACCCACUCUCUUGUACCGCUGCGCUGCACACUUCAUCCCCUUCCUCCUCCCUUCGACACCCGGACCUCACAUAGACAGUCAGUCAUCCAGUCAGUAUACACCCUGCACACCUGACCGCAGCGAAGCGCCGUCCACCACUAGCAACUUACGAGUAGCAGAGUCGGCACCAGAACAAAUGCACACAUCAUGAACAGAGAGACAGAGAGACACAGACAGAGACACAGACAGAGACACAAUACAUCCAUCUCCUUGUGCCAACCAACCAUUCGAAUAUAAAAUGCAGGCAACGAUCGACGUUACAUGUGGUGUACACACACACUUUCUGUUGCGUCUGCCCGUCCUUCACCGUUGGGUUGAGGUCCACCGUCUCUUUUUGAGGGUGUGCUGGUAUGAGCCCAGCUUCCCGGGCUUCCGGGCUUCCAGGGGUGCACGCUUACUGUCAAUCCAGUCCAUCCAAAGCCAUCAGCGGGCAAAGAGCCCAGCAGGCCAAUCGGUGAGUGCCCUGCUUACUGUCAAUCCAGUCCAUUUGGUGGGCCGUAACUCCCUCGACGCGUUCGCCGUUGGGCGUCGUGUACGGCAGCGGGAUGUGGUAGACGGCCUGGCACUUGAUGAUGGUCGACGGCGGCAGGGGCCCCUCAUUGGGCCGCUCGUAGCGCUUCCGGCAUUCGUCCAUCCCAGCCGUCAACCUGGUUGACAUUCAGAUCGGUGGGUGCGGUGACACACAGGCAGUGCAGUGCGUGUGGCAUCCAUCUCUCUCUGUCUGUGGGGGUGGGUGCGUACCAGUUGUGCAUUGGCGUCCCGUUCGUCGUGCGACAGCAGCUUGACAGCCCACAGCCGGCCCUCAGAGUCCCUCAUCGGCACCACCGUCCCGAAGCGGCCAUGACGCAGCGGCACCGAGUACUCGACAGAGAAACCUGACUGCAUCAGCCAGCCCUGGUGUCCAUCAGAGAGAGACAAUUAAGGCCCGUUGAUUGAUUGAUUGAUUGCCUUCCGUCCGUCGUCUGUGCGUGGGUAUGUAUGUACCAUUGCCAGGGCAGUGUGCUUGGUUUGGUCGUCCAGCUGCUCGUACAACUCCCUUUGGCGCUGCUCCCAGGCAUCGUCCCUAACACCCACUGCAGGCAGGCCACACAAGCCAAGACAACCCACACGAGGCAAUGAGGGAAACGAAGAAUGAGUUGGGCUAGGCCCCUUUCUCUUUGCUCAGUCUGCCGUUCGCUCGCCAUAAUAUUGAUCAGAAACGCAGAAACGUCACGACAAACAAUUACCGGAGCCGGUGCAGGUAGUGGAUGGUGCACUGUUGCGUCUGCCCACCGUCCACCCGUGGGUUGAGGUCCACCGUCUUCGUGAGGGUGUGCUGGUCUUGGCCCAACAACCGGGGCUGCCGGGGGUGCAUGGAAGGGGUGCUGCCGACGCUGAUGGUCUCGCCAGAGGUGCUCCUGACCUCUACGUUGAAACAAAACGCCCUGUAUGGACACCACCAAAGAUGGAGACAAGGCAUGUGUAUGUGGGCUGCAUCUGGGUGCGCAUCUUUCUUGUCUGUCUCGUUUCGACCACUCACUCGCUGCACGCAAAGAUCAUGAUGAACUCCUUGCGGUCGCUAAACACGGCCUCGCCCUCCUCGCUGCUCUGCAGCCAGCAAGUCAAGCAGUGGAUGGGAUGACGCGUUGAUGUGUUGUUUUUAGGUGGGUCGGGUCUAUCUUCUUGGCUCCACUGCUUGCGGUAUUUGUAGAUAGUGGGCUUGCCGUCGUCGGACAAUAUCGCGCCGAAUGUCUCGUCGUCGGUGUUGUCCAGGACGAUGUUGUUGACGGCUAUCUGGAACUCGCCGCACGUCCCGGCCAACCCUCCAUCUGCGCUCUUGUGGCUUUUGUGCCGCAAAGUGUGGGGACAUCAAGGAAAUUUGCGCGGCACCGACGCCACUCGUCAUAUACCCGCAUGGCUGCCAGGUGGUCACUACGUAGGUCGGGACCUGCGUUUAGAGGAAGAAAACGAUGCAUCUAGAGAACACACAUGCAGGCGUGAUGCGUUGUCUCUACCACAAAGAUUGGCUCGCGCAGCAUCGCCUCUGCCUCUCUGUCGAGUGGCGCUUUGAAAAGACUCUCGACUGACAGCGCCGCGGCGAUGGUGAGGGCCUGUCAUGAUAUACAUUCAUUUGUACCGUAGCUCGUUGACAAUGGAUCUUAUCCCUUCGCUGACCUGAUUGGGGAUGCCCAGCACAGCCAAUCAGAAGCAGCUUCCCGCUGGUCAAGUCGAUAGGCAGCCUGAUAGGUGAGCACCAAGGGCUGCUGAAGGGCUGUGUACAUGCAAGAUAUGCGUGCUGCAUAUUGUUGUGUCUCUGCGUCUCCUGCUGACCUGAAUGGCCGAAAUCUCCGUGAGAUAGCGGAGCGAUGCGCCGAUGCGGUGUGGGUGAGGUGGAUCGAUCAUAUCGUUGAAGAAUGAAUAGGGCUCGCCACUAAGCUCAUUCUUGUUCAUUUCAGCGUAUGUAAAGGCAGACCUGUCAGUGACUGCGAGGAUGUGUAAGGCAACCUCAUCGAGUGACUCCCUUUCAAUGGCCGGCACA